AUGGCUAUGACUAUGGAUGCACUGGGAGCCUUUUCCCACCUACAGUCGAACCUUCCCUCAUGGAUCACUCGUGUCUCCGAGCUUGCCGCUCAUACUUCCGCCAAACACAUGGAAUACUCCGAAGCAUACCGCCGACAUACCACAUACAAACCCCGUCGUCGAAAGAAUAGCUCCGUACGCUCCAUUCACACCGACGACUUCGCCCCGAUUCCCCAGCGCGAGUGUCCUACCCAGGUAGCCGUUGAAAUGUCCACCACGGUCGAAGAUGCUACAACAGCCCCCCAACAUGCCGGUCGCAAGCGCGGCGCGGACGAAACCUCGUCCAUCGACUCCAGCGAGCGCCACGCCUUUGUCAGCACCCGACACAAAGUGAUCAUCGAGUACGACGGCCACACUCAGAAAGUACUGGAAGAAGUAGUACGCGACAUCGGUAUUGCCAGGAACAACAUUCGACGCGGCAGGAUGUUGUCGAUGCCGCGGGUAGGGGCAGGUUACCGCGCAGGCCUGCUGAACAAAACUGUCAACAUUGGUACAAACAACCAACCCGGAGGCGCGCCGUCGUCCAUCUCCGGGCUGGCCUAUGUUCGCAGCAUGCGAACUGGAGGUGGCGUCGUGGGGGUCUCUGGGUCUAGUGCUAGCUUGCAAAAAGAGUCGCUCUUUGACUAUGCGGACAAGCAGUUGGAGCUGGCUCACGGGCUCUGCGAGACAGCCGCGUACCAGGUCCUUCGAUGCGGUGACUGCGGUACCGAACUGGACGGCGUGGAAGAGAAGUUCCAAAUGCUACUGGAAAUGGUCGACAACGAAGUGGAACGUCUCGAGGAGGAGAAGAAGAAGCAAGAGCAAGCGCAAUCACCUCCCGAAGACAAGGAGAACGAGACACCCGUAAAGCCUCCUCAAACCUCGACCGCCGCUCGACUUGCCAGGGUCGCCGCAAUCACCAACAAACAACCCUCGACAGACACACCCGGCACCAUUGAAGUGGACGAUGACGAGGCCAUAUCGGUCGAGUCCAUCGACCUCUCUGCAUUCCGAUCAUCCCGGAUCCGAGUGUAA